GCUGCGAGAGUAAAGACGCGCAUCCUCACAGCUGAGGGGGAGGAAGAGGAGGAGGGAGAGCAAAGUGAAAUCGCCUGCAGGAAUCUAGUUGACAAGUCCGCGCAGGAGGAGCAAAAUGCGCUGAUCGGAAAUCCGUCGUUAUUGACCAAAGAUCACCUUUCUGCUCUGAGACAUCUGAGUGGGGGGGGGGGAUACAACCGCUUCGGACAAGUUGUGAUUUGAGACGAAAUCCUUCUGGAUGAUGAAUACCAACGAUGCCAAGGAGUAUCUUGCGCGGCAGGAGAUACCCCAGCUGUUUGAGAGCCUGCUGACGGGUUUGAUGUACUACCGACCCGAUGACCCCAUUGAAUACUUGGAAGGCUGUCUGAAAAAAGUCAGAGAGCUCGGAGGGACGGACAAGGUGCGGUGGGACACUUUUGUGGGUCAGGAGAAGAAGUCACUGCCACCUCUCAACGGAGGCCAGUCACGCAGAUCACUCUUCAGAAAUGUGCUGCCCGACAGCCCCAAUUUCCCCUACAGACGGUACGACCGCCUGCCACCCAUCAACCAGUUCUCCAUUGAGAGCGACUCGGACCUGUCAGAGACGGCCGAGCUCAUAGAGGAGUACGAAGUGUUUGACCCGUCCAGACCACGGCCCAAAGUCAUCCUCGUUAUUGGUGGCCCUGGAAGUGGCAAAGGAACCCAGAGCCUGAAGAUCGCAGAGCGCUACGGCUUCCACUACAUGUCUGUGGGCGAGCUGCUGAGGAAGAAGAUGAUCCACAACGCCACUAGCAACCGAAAGUGGAGCCUCAUUGCCAAGAUCAUCACCAACGGAGAGCUGGCACCGCAGGAAACCACAAUAACGGAGAUAAAACAGAAGAUUAUGAAGAUCCCCGAUGCCAACGGUAUCGUCAUAGACGGGUUUCCUCGGGACGUUGGACAGGCCCUGUCCUUCGAAGACCAGAUCUGCACCCCAGACCUGGUGGUGUUCCUGGCCUGCACCAACCACCGUUUGAAGGAGAGGCUGCAGAAAAGAGCUGAGCAGCAGGGGCGCCCCGACGACAACCCAAAAGCCAUUGAUCGCCGCCUCACCAACUUCAAACAAAACACCAUUCCUCUGGUCAAAUACUUCCAGGAGAGGGGCCUUAUUGUCACGUUGGACGCCGAUCGAGAUGAAGAGGAGGUUUUCUGUGACAUCAGCAUGACUUUGGACAACAAGCUCUUUGACCCUAAAGAACCUGCAGCCGGUCCAAGUGAGCUGGAUCUCAGUCUGCUGGGAGAAACAAGCAGCCUGUCAGAAGCAGCCUGCAAAAAGGAGGAGCUUGAAGAAGACGAGGAGGAGAUUGGGAACGCUGAAGGAACCACAGAAAGUUGCUGCACCGAACAGAGUAAACCAAAGGUCAUCUUCAUGAUGGGUGGUCCGGGCUCAGGUAAGGCCCUCCAGAGUGAACGGAUGGAGGAGCGGUACGGCUUGCGACGCGUCACCCUGAGCGACCUGUUGUGCAGCGAGCUGCAGCAUCACAGUGAAAGAGGGCGAAACCUUCGGGACAUUCUAGAGAGAGGAGAAAAACUACCUGAGGACACGCUGCUGGAGCUGCUGUGUGACUCUGUGGCCUCGUCGGUGCAACGGGGAAAGGGCCUUGUGGUCAGCGGAUUCCCCAGAGACCUGAAACAGGUGGAGGAGUACGAGGCCAAGAUGGGGGAACCCAAUGUGGUGCUCCUGCUCAGCUGUUCUCCAGAGACCAUGUCCAGUCGACUGCAGCAUCGGGGCAGAUCCCUCUCUGCUUCAGACAGCGAGAACAUCCUGCACAGGAGGGUCGAGAGCUUCUUCAGCGACAGCCAGGUUGUCACAUCUCACUACGAACGCAAAAUGCUCCUCCACACGAUCGACGCUGAGAGGUCACCGAAUGAAGUGUUCGCCCAGAUCUGCCAAGCCAUGGAGUCCUCUUCCUCUUUCUGAUUCCCAACAUUGACCCCAUCUGAGUUCCAGCAGGCCCACCUAUGAAGACCCUCCUUCACAUAACCUCACACCUUCACCAGCUUAUUGAACUCUAGUGGUUUGCAUGUCUUACCUGCAUUCAGUGAAAGCCUCCCUCUCAUGUUGCUUCUCCCACAUGCCUCCUCCUCCUCUCACAUUAACCUCAGUUUUCGCUGCUAGCUGCCGGACCGAGGCUCAUAACUGUACAGAGGAAGCAGACCUCUCUGCUGUGACUGAGAGCAUGCUGAAUGUUCCACCAUGCUAAAAACAAGGUGGCAAUGUCAGUGUGUGUUCACUCGUGUGCUCAGCACUAUGCUUCAUAUUGUAACAAGCAUGCAAGACUUAACAGUUCAGCUUAAAACUGCCUUUUGCUCAUUUGGCGAAAAGCUUUGGGCCAGUUCAGGAUUACUGCAUUUGUAUGUUUACAAGCUCAUCGUACCGGUUCCUGUUUGAGUCUGGUAUUAAACAUUCAAUAAAGCCAGUGGUUUGUUUUAACAAGA